AUGCUCAAGCAUCACGACAAGUUGAUUUUCGUUUAUGGUUCCUCAAUUCAUUCUUAUCUGGUGGCGAUUAUCGUGGUUGAUGUCGCACUUCUACGCAAAUAUCACACUGCGACACCAGUGCAGCAGGUGAAAGAAUCCGCCGAACCAAUAUGUUUACUGGAUGAUCGAAGCGUUCGAGAGCGCUUCUUGCUGGAUCUACGUGAAUUCGGUGCCAAUCGAGGACUGACGGGCAUCGAACAAAUUCGAAAUGCUCAUCUUACUGAAGAAGAGUUCACUGCUGAUUCGGGCCUUCUAACACCAACGCUUAAAGUGAAACGUUCGUUGUUAAUUAGUCGAUAUGCGAAAAUAUUCGAAAAACUUUACGCGGAAGAACUCUAUUGA